AUGAGAAAUGUAAGAGAUGGAGAAAAACAAAAUAAAACGACGUCUUUUGGAGACGGAGCUUCGUCGUUGAAGACGGAAGUUCUCGAGCUCAAGCUUUUCAGAGAAUCUGUUUUUGUUAUUCAGAUACUUGAAUCUCAUAUCCCUGCAAAGGAUUUGAGGAGCAGAAGAGAGGAGAAAGAAAGACACGGCGGAGCUCCGGCGAUUGGUGUUGAGGAGAGUAAGGAUCAAGCACUCUCGGUUUCCAGAUCGAGAGUGACUCGGAGGAACUCUUUGAGUCAACUCUCUUCAACUGUCAGAUCUAGGGUUCAUGGAGUACUAAAAUCAGCGUCGAAACGGUGUUUCUCAUCAAACACUUUCGGUGAUUCAACGGAGGACAGAGUAUAUCUGGCACCAGAGAGAACGAAUCCACACUUCCGCCUCCGCUUCUUCAACCACCGCGUCCUCCGGCAUGUAUUUGUUGAUUUAGCGAGGAAUCAGAAGUUGGAGCGGAGAAAUCAUAUCAAAUAA